AUGACGAAUGAAUCAAUGGACAAAAAUUUUGAAGAACUGUGUUAUUCAUGCCGCACUGGUGAUAUGGAUAAUGUUGAUCGAUUGAUAUCUACGGGAGUGAAUGUGAACAAUGUGGACAAAUUUGACAACUCUCCACUUUUUCUAGCCAGUCUUUGCGGUCAUGAAAGAGUCGUGAAGCUCUUGCUACAGAGGGGAGCCGUUUGUGAUAGAGACAGGUAUGAAGGCGCUCGUUGUAUAUAUGGUGCAUUGACAGACGCUAUAAGAGAUACUCUUCUCAGUUAUGAUAUAUCCAAGGCUGUUGACGUUAAACAACCGUUUGCUACUCAUAUCUCAUCUUUAUAUAAUGACGAAGGCAUUCUAAAGAGAGAUGUUUCAUUUAAAGUUUCCAAUGGACGGGUAUUCACAGCCCAUAGGUUCCUAUUAUGCGCAAGGAGUAAUAUUUUAGCAGGAAAGAUGACAAAUGAGUGGUUAAAGCGUGAAGUUAUUUCCAUUGAAGUCCGCUCAGAUAUAUUUGAAAUUUUUCUGAAGUUUCUUUACCUAAUUCCGAUUCUACAUCAAAUUGAGCCAGGACAAUACGAGGAACUUAUAAACUUAUCCAGUAAAUUCAAAAUUGAAUUAUUGUCAGAAUUUCUAGACAAAGCAAGACAUAUUUCCGAUCCUACAGAAAAGUCUAGGUUGAUGUCAGAUUACCAGUAUAAGUUCACUGAGGUUGCCAGAAAGCAACUUUUGGUAUUUGUGAACAAUUGCAUUUUUGGUUCGGCUAUUGAUCUUGUCGAUAGUGCGCAACAGGUUACCUCCCCGAUGAACUGUCCAGCUUAUCCAGAUAUCCAACUCGCAGUAAAAAACCGGAACGGAGAUACACGAUUAUACCCCUGUCACUUGGCCAUUCUAAAUCGUGCAGAAUAUUUUAGGGUAAUGUUUACCAAUAACUUUAAAGAAAAGGUUACAUAUGUAAAAGCCAAGUAUCUUCCAGGGGAGUGUAACUGUGUCAUUCCACAACUGACCCUCCCCAAUUGUGAGUUUGAGGUUGCCGAAAUUAUUCUCCGCUAUUUAUAUGCUGACAACACAGACAUUCCUUGGAUGUAUGCCGUCGAUGUUUUGUUGCUUGCAGAUAUACUUCUCGAAGAUCGCCUGAAAACAAUCUCUUCAACAAUUAUCACGCAAUCGAAAGAGUUCAUUGAGCAAUACAAUGUUUUUGACGUACUCUAUCUAUCAUGGGAGAUAGGAGUUGAGCGCCUAGAACAAUUUGCAGCUAAAUUUAUAGCUAUACAUUUGCAAGAGUUAUAUAAUGAUCCAGAGAUAAAACGGGCCAUUGUGUUGAGUUCAGAGCGAAUUUCCUUCCGUCAGGAAACUGAUACUAUUGAAUUAGUUGAUGAUAUUAGGUACUAUUUACUACGAAAAUACUCUUUUGAACCGGAUGAUGUGGAGUUAUUUGAGAACCAAGACGACUUGGAAUACUUGAAACAAGUAGGGUAUCUUGAAUACAGAAAAGAUAUGGAAAUGGUGGAUCAUAUAUUAGCCGAGCUAGAACUUGAUGUAUAA